AUGAACACAGCGACAGGGAGCUAUCCGAUGGCUUCUCUCUACGUUGGCGACCUGCACCCCGACAUCACGGAGGCUAUGCUGUAUGAGAAAUUCAGCCCAGCCGGACCGGUGCUCUCCAUUCGGGUGUGCCGGGACAUGAUCACCCGGCGCUCCCUCGGAUAUGCUUAUGUCAACUUCUCUCAGCCUGCAGACGCCGAAAGGGCCCUGGAUACCAUGAACUUUGACGUGGUGAAAGGGAAGCCGAUCAGAAUCAUGUGGUCCCAAAGAGACCCCUCCCUCAGGAAGUCAGGUGUGGGCAACGUGUUUAUCAAGAACCUCGACAAGUCCAUCGACAACAAAGCCCUGUACGACACCUUCUCUGCCUUUGGCAACAUCCUCUCCUGCAAGGUGGUGUGUGAUGAAAACGGGUCCAAGGGCUACGCUUUUGUCCAUUUUGAGACUCAAGAUGCAGCUGAUCGUGCCAUUGAGAAGAUGAAUGGCAUGCUUCUGAAUGACCGCAAGGAAUGCCGCGUCUUUCUUGAUGAAAUGUUUGUCGGCCGUUUCAAAUCCCGCAAAGAACGGGAGGCAGAGCUUGGUGCCAAGGCCAAGGAGUUUACCAAUGUUUACAUCAAGAACUUUGGGGAUGACAUGAAUGACGAAAGGCUCAAGGAACUUUUCGACAAAUAUGGUAAAACUCUCAGUGUGAAGGUUAUGGCAGACUCCUCUGGCAAAUCCAGAGGCUUUGGAUUUGUCAGCUAUGAGAAACACGAGGAUGCUAACAAGGCUGUCGAGGAGAUGAAUGGCACUGAGCUCAACGGCAAAACUGUGUUUGUGGGAAGAGCUCAGAAGAAAAUGGAGCGGCAAGCCGAGCUGAAGAGGAAGUUUGAGCAGCUGAAACAAGAGAGGAUCAGUCGAUAUCAAGGAGUUAAUCUUUACAUCAAGAACUUGGAUGAUACCAUAGAUGAUGAGAAAUUGCGUAAGGAGUUUUCUCCAUUUGGCUCCAUUACAAGUGCUAAGGUGAUGCUAGAAGAGGGCCGUUCAAAGGGUUUUGGCUUUGUCUGCUUCUCUUCCCCUGAAGAGGCUACAAAGGCCGUGACUGAGAUGAACGGGCGCAUCGUUGGCUCCAAACCCCUCUACGUGGCCCUCGCUCAGCGCAAAGAGGAGCGAAAAGCGCACCUCACCAACCAGUACAUGCAGCGCAUAGCUGGCAUGAGGGCCAUGCCAGCUAAUGCCAUUAUCAAUCAGUUCCAGCCCACUGGUGGCUACUUCAUGCCAGCUGUGCCUCAGGCCCAGAACAGGACAACAUACUACGCACCCAAUCAGCUGGCCCAAAUUAGACCCAACCCCCGAUGGCAGCAGCAAGGUGGCAGAGGUCAAGGAGGUUUCCAAGGUAUCCCCAGCUCGCUGCGUCAACCAGGUCCUCGUGCCAACCUGAGACACAUGAGCCCCAGCAGCAGUGCACAGGGCCCAAGAGGUGCAGGUCAGGCCAUGGCUCCUCGUCCAUCGAUGGGCGUCCCUGGGCCCCGGGCCAUGCCUCCAUACAAAUAUGCCACUGGUGUCCGUAACCCCAACCCCCAAGUGGUGCAGCCUAUUGCUUUACAGCAGACUCAACCGGCUGUGCAUGUACAGGGCCAAGAACCUCUCACUGCCUCCAUGCUGGCUGCUGCGCCUCCUCAGGAGCAGAAACAGAUGUUAGGAGAGCGUCUUUUUCCACUGAUCCAGGCUAUGCACGCCAACCUUGCGGGAAAGAUCACUGGCAUGCUGCUGGAGAUUGACAAUUCUGAACUGCUACACAUGUUGGAGUCUCAUGAAUCUCUGCGUUCAAAGGUAGAGGAAGCUGUUGCUGUUCUGCAGGCCCACCAAGCAAAGAAAGAUGCAACCCAGAAAGUGGGCAGCAUGGCUACUACUGCUGCUGCAUCAUCCUGA